UUAUCAGCUCGUCGCACUGCACCUUUAAACUUGUCAAUUAUCAAUCAUCUCUACUCUCUAAUUCGCCGAUCACCAGUCCGUACGAAGACUUAAGAUCUACCGUCGAUUGUGAUUUUCAGUGUUUCUUUGAACUUGAAAUGCAUGUACUAUCUUAUAUGUAGUACAAGUGAUGGGUAUAUUCAGGAGAUUAGCUGGGUUUCUAGGGUUUUCAAAAGACGAAGGGGGGCAUGAAGUUAGAGAUGUAGAAGAAGAUGACAACAACAUAGCACCACCUCAUAAUAAUAAUAAUAAUGUUCCUCGUAAAGGAUUUAGUGUACCUGUUCAAGUUCCUGUUUCUAGAGAUCUACCUGGUCCUAUCCUUAUUCCCUGUAAAACAGGCGCUGGUGGCGUUCAGGGAUUGAGAUGGUAUGCCAAGCGUCUUAGAAUAGAUGAAGACGGAGAUGUGGCAGACGAGUUCCUAAAUGAGAUCCCACCAGAUACACCUUCUAGUACAGAAGAGAAUCACAGAAAAUUCCCUAGGUUUGAAUUGAAGUACACUACAAAGUCUGCAAAAGUAACAAGCCAGGCACUCUCAGCAGCGGGAAAAAUUAAAUAUCGUGUGGAAUAUCAAGGCAGAUUGGAGUGGAUUUGAAGACUUACUCUGGGUAGUCAUUGCAUUUGAGAUGGGGAUUUCAGUAACAUGACUGCAGCUACGCAGCUUGCUUGAUUUUUUUUUCUUUAUUCUCAAGGACUAACGGUGUGUUUAUGUGGGGUGGCAUUGAUUGGGGAUUCAGUUUCCUGUUGGGCUCUGAUUUGUGAGAAGCUGGUGCCUUGAAGUGAUGAAACGUACAACAGCGUAAUUGUACUCCUAGAUAUUCCAGUAUACACAUGCUUAUUGAACUUUCAAGAACAUCAUGUCUUGUUAGCUAUUCACUGUAUCAUUGUAUGUAUUGAGAAAUAUUAGCAUGGGCAUAAAUGACACAUAAGAGGCACUUUUAUAGA